AUGAGGCUUUUGCCCUUUUCAGGACCGCAUGAGAGGGAGGAAUCGGGCAGGGAGCCCCCUGGCAGGCCUGCUGUUAGACACGUUCUGUCUGUGGCCUUGUUUCUUCUCUUCCCCCCACCCCAGCAGGGCAGCACCCCUACAGAGUGACCCGAGGCCUCCGGAGCCCCUAGAGGUGGUGCAGAGCUUCAUCCGCAUGGUCCCCGAGGGGAGGCAGAUUGUGGAGGAGGUGGAUCACACCUUAGCAGCCUGCUCAGAAAUGUACAACCUGAAGGAGACCAUCUUGGAAAACCAGAAGAAGUUGGAAGGGCUCAGCCGGGAUCAUCUGCAG